AUGAAUAAAAAAGUUACUAUUACUUUUAUUUUUACCUAUUUAUCUGUUUUAAACGGUAUUUCUUGUAUUUCCAGUGUUAGCCUUCCUUUGAGCACUCACAUAUCUGACAAUUUAUUUAUUCAUCUGUACGAGCGAAAUGGAUGUCUGGUGAAUUUUGUACCAGAUUUAAACUAUUGCUCUAAUGCUGUAAAGUAGCCAAGUGAUGAGGCCAUUGAAUGUGGAGCAUAGGACCUUGGAAGAAGCCCUUUUUACUCAAAUGCUGAAGAAUUCGCAUCUACUUUCUCAUCAGGAAAUAUUAAAGCUGACUUGAAUUUCUCUGUACUAGAUAAUUAUGAUGCUAUUCCUGACAGCCAACUUUGCUUUAUAAAUUAACCAGGAUAAGUAAAAAAUGACAAUAUAAUCGAUUAGCUGUUUUCAUAAGGGUUGAUAGAUAGCAAGAAAUUCUAUAUAGAUAUCAAUAAUAUUAAAUAUAAAAGUACUGUAGGUAGUAUUGAUAUUGGCAAUCCUAACUACUAUUUGAUAAAAAAAGGAUAGGGUUUUACUACUUUAAAACCCUAUACAGGUAAUUAUGGAUAUUAUGCCUCAUCAAAUGGAAAUAUGAAUUAUGGAAAUUUGAGUUUAUAUGGCUAUGAUUCUGUAAGUUUUAGCAUAAACGAUCCAUAUAUUUAGAUACCAGAAUUUUCUCUUAAGCUAAUUUUACAAGACUUUAAACGCUAGGGAAUUGCAUUCGUAUACUAACCAGACAAAGAUUAUGCUCUUUAUGUGAAAUCAAUUCAAAAACUUAAAAAUAUAUAGAUUGAUGUAACUGCUGAAGAUGGAUCUUCCUUUUCAAUUAACUUGAAACCUUAAUAAUACUCAAGAAAGUUAGCUGAUGGAGCUUAUGAAUUGUUAUUGUACCCUACAUUUUACAAUAGUAACCUCAGUAUAGGUUAUGCAGCUCUCUAGGCUUACUAUAUUGGCUUUGAUUUUAUAGAACAUACAAUUUACAUAGCUGAAAAAUCAGAUAACGACACAAUUGCUUAAUGA